CUAGAGACUUCGAGGGGAAGGUGCUAGAAGAGACUUCGGAGACCCCUGUGAAGAUGGAACAGCAGAAGGAAAGGACUGGGCCAGAGGGGAACAACCUGUCCCCCCUGUCAUCUGGGACUGAGUCGUCACCUGGCACUGAGUUGUGGCCCCCGGCACUUUUCCCAGCCCUGCCAGCUUCUCUCCUGGGCACCCCAGACCCAGCCCACCUGGGGCUCCCCGAGAGCCUGGCCUCUGUCACCAUCCCCAUCCGCCUGGAUGCCCUCUCCUACCUCCUGCACAGCGCCCUGCUGGGGGCCUACACCCUUCAGCAGUCCUUGCCCUCCUGUCCCUGCUCCCACCAGGCGUGCUGCACCGGGCCAGGCACCGCCAAGAGGCCAUCCAGGGGACGCGGGGGGUGGGAAGUUUGGCACAGGCCAGGCCGGGGCCGGGGCCAGGGCCAGCGCCGAUGGGGACCUGGGAGGGCUGAGCAGCCAGAGAGGAGCUGGGCGGGGUACUCUGGGGCUGGCCCCAAGACCCCGCUGAUGACGCCAACGCCACCACCAACACCGCCUGCCCAGGAUGUGAAGAGGGAAGCCCGCGGUCUGGAGACACCCCCGGACGGGCCACCUGCUGCUGAGGACUGGGAGGCAGAGUAUUAGGAGCUCCGGAUCCAGCACCCCGGACUCUGGAGAGGGCCCGUCGGGGUCACCAGGAGGGCUGUCCUAGAGCCCAGGGUGACUUCAGCCCUGUCAGAGAUACCCCAAGAAGCAUCGUGUUCCCACCCCUCUUCCCUCAAAACCACGGCCUCAAGAGUGAGACCUGCAAAUCACCUGGUGAAACCCGGACCUGACUUAGGAUUCCAAGCCAGAAAAAACCCUGAACCUUAUACCCAGGCCCAAACCCAUGCCUCUCCCGGUUCCUGACACCAUCCUCAGCUACAGUGACGACCCCACCCUCAUUCUCACCCCCCAGGGCUCUUCCAACCCCAGCCCCAAAGCCAUUCUCACCUCCCUCAGCAACCCCUGGGCCAUGUCCACUCUCAGGACCAUGGUCCCCAUCCCGUGCAUUCCCAUUCAUGUCCCCAUCUCCACCCCAACCCACCUCAUUCCACACCUACCUCACGCCAGCCCCGCCCUCAUCCUUCACUUCACCCCAAACCCAGCCCAUCUUCAACCCCAGCCAGCCCCAUCUCGUCCUCCACCUCCUUCCUGUCCCAGCUCCAACUGUCAUGUGUCCUGUGACCCCACCCUGCAAAGAGCCCCCUGACCCGAUAC